AGCCCUUUAUUUGCUGGACAUCUUUUAGUGGAAAACAUAAUUUGGGGGAGAAGAGCAUCAAAUGGGCCCCUGUGGCUAAAGAUAUCUACGGCUUUAGGGAUAACGUGGAUAACAUCAUGAUUCACGAACGAAUUCGAGAAGCCACUAAAAUGUUACCAGAAGAGAAGGGAUCAAUCCACAUGUAACAAACACAAACGUCAAAAGAUGCCUACAGAGAAGAGCAAAAAUACAAGAGAUAGAGAUGGCAAAAGAAUAGGAAUAUAGGACUAUCCCUCCCACGAGCCAAAUUUGUGGCCAGGAUUUUUCAAGCCACUUCUUCCCCGCUUUCAUUCUUUCCCCAAACCUGAAACCAGCCUUCUGAAAACCCCAUGGCCUCUUCUUCCAUCACCCUCCAACCCCUCCAUCAAGGCGCCCUCCUUAGAUCCAACUUCCUAGGGCAAAAGGCCCUCAACACCAAGCCUCACAAGCCAUCGUACUCCUCGAUUCCCAAGGAUUCGAGGCUCAAGCACGUAGCACGCGCCAAAUUCGACCUCUCCCAGCUUCUGGGAGGGAGAGGGCUAUGCAAUGGGGAGGAAGGCCUGGAGAAAGAACUCAAGAGGAACAUCGAACCAACUAGCUCGGAUCCAGAUGACAAAGGAAGUUCAGCGAGCCAGUUGCCCGAAGGCGUCCCAGAAGAUGGGUUUGACAAGGAAAUGAUGGGCUUAACAGGGGGAUUCCCUGGUGGAGAGAAGGGGCUGCAGAAGUUCAUUGAGGAGAACCCACCACCUAAGAAGACUGAUUCAGGAGCUUUAGCAGGGAUUACUACAUCUGUAAAGAAGCCUAAAGCGCCCGAAUUGCCACUCCUGAUGCCUGGUAUGAUUGCUAUAGUGAAGAACCCUAACAGUCCAUACUACAUGUACUGUGGCAUUGUACAGAGGAUCACAGAUGGGAAAGCUGGGGUUCUUCUGGAAGGAGGGGUAUGGGAUCGAUUAAUAACUUUCAGGCUCGAAGAACUCGAGCGCAGAGAGAAGGGUCCGCCGGGGAAAAAUCCUCUAUCGGUUAUCCUAGAAACUAAGGCUGAGAAAGAUUCAUAAUCUGCCAAGUUUUUUCUAUCUAUGCCGUAUGUUCAUAUGUAUGCUUGUGCAGACUAGGCAGUAAUAAUAAGUUCGAUUUUUGUAAAGAUCUUGCAGUAUCAGGCACAAAUGAAAAAAAGAAUACAAUCAAGCAAGCUUUUGAUUUCUCUGUUGUAGUAUAUGAAAAAGACUCAGUUGAAAAAAUGGUGCUCUCUGUUUUGACAGAAAAUCAGUAUAGGAAAUUUAGAUGUUCCAAAGACAUUCAAUUAGAAAAGACGCACCAUCUCCUUUUGAACUUCAACCAGAUGAUCAGAUGCAGCCGCCCAACUGCCAAGUAAACGUGAAAAAAGAUCAUUUCAUUAGUGAACAACACCAGCAAAUCUGUUCAACGGAUGCUCAAGCUAAAACUGAACCGUUUGUGGCCAUUUUUCCCACUCAAAUAAUCCUCCUACUUCCUGGCUUAGGAACGAUCUCGAAAGCAAUAAUGAACUCCAUUAUCAUUGAACAAGUGCUUAGUUUGGAAACCACGUUGUACCACAAGUAAAAAAGCUUGACCUUUCUUUAUAAAUUGAAGAAUAAACGUGUUCUUUUAAGCUAAGAAAUCAGACUUCUCAUUUAGAAACCAGUAGUAGGUAUCUAGGCCAUUAACCCAGUAAAAAGAUAUUGCCAUCCAGCAUUGGUUGUAAUGCAAGUAAGGAUAUAUGCAUGACAACAUUGCAGCAUGACAUAGUAAUGAACAAACAAGCAAAAUCACUGGCAAACAGCAAGUAUACAAGUUCUAAACAUACCAAGAUCGCCUCAAUCUCAUCAUUAGAAACUGGUGUUCGUUUGGGUUGAAGAGAAGCUUGACCUCCAAGAGAGUUUGAAGCCUUUGCACUGGAGAAGAAGUUGGAAACUACAUUUGCAGCACUGGAAGCUUCUUCCAUCUUGCUAACAGAACCUGCGAAAGUAAAUUUUAUCAGCUAAAUUGACAAAGGCGGUAAGCAGUGAAAGAGCUAUUCCAGGUUCUACCAUUAUAGUGACCCUUUCACAUAGCUAGCUGAACAACAAAAAAGAAACUCGAAACUUCACAUAAAUUAAGCAUUUGCCUUGAAACGAAUUUCAAUGAACUUUGUUUCGUUUCUUCCUUAGGUUUGGAAACAAGAGAUGCCUCAAUUCAAAGCCAAAAAAACUACUAGAAUGAUACAGCGCCCCCAUACCCGGAAACAAAAAUGUCCCAAAUUUUUCUAAUAAUCCAUAAUCAACAUUAGGCAACAAUCAAUCAAAACAAACAUCAAGCAGCGUACUCCCCAAGCCAACAAACCAGCUAAAGCCUUCCAAAUUGUAACUCCAUUCGCAUUCUAAUGAAUACAUAUCUAAUAUAUCUCAUCUAAGUUUCCCGAAAAUCACCGCACUCGUAUCCGGAAAACCGAAAUCGAGCGUCACCUUGAGUCGCACCAAAAAAAAAAAAAACCGCGUCGAAAGGCAUUGCCGAGAAAACACAUCAGAACGUUAAGAAAAUCUUCCGCUGAAAAAUCGAAGAUAUCUUACCUGCGGAAGGAUUGGGGCGCCGCUGGGGGAACUUGAUGCUAGGGAUGCGCUUCAUUGCCUGUGCCACUCCUGCCAUUUUCUUCUUUCUGCUUUCUUUCGAUUCUUUCUCCGCUGACCCUUCUUUUUCCUUUCCGCCGGAACAAAUGGAAGUUGCUAGACAAAUAGACAAUUCUCGGUCGUGCUUCGUACCAAGAGAAGAGGAAGGGAAAUAAUAAACAAUUCCCGGUCGCACAAGACGGCGACGUAUCAGUUUAUUUGCUGCCUGUUCAGCGGUUCCGCCUUCGCAUUGCUCGAGGCUCGAGCUUCUAUGCGGCUUGCGCCCCCAUCCAGUAAAAGCCCGAUAGAAAACGAACAAGGCCCAAGUGAGCCUGAGUGAGGCCCAUUAUAAGCAAAGAGGCUAAUGUCCAUAGCCCAUAAGCUAUAUCACUUUCGCAUGAUAGAAUCCAAAGCGUUGUCAAAAAAGAAUCACAAUGAAU